AUGUUUUCCCUUAAGAAUUUGGAUAAGAGGCUGUACGACUCGCAUGGUAGGAAGAAAAGGAAGAAGAAAUUGGUUUAUAUUGAUGUGCGUACCAAUUCGAUCUACAAGGAUAUGAUCCUUAUCCAGGGAACACCUUUGGAGUCUCCUCCCAUACCGUUGUCAGGGAAUGUAGUUUUUAGUGUAAGCGAUAAUGUGAAGGUAAAGCGGAUCAAGCUCCGGCUAGUAUGCCACUAUAAAUUGGAUUUUGUACAAUUGGUUCAUGACGACAUGGCAAGUAUAGUGAAAGAAAGAACUAAGAUAUUGGAGUGUACUUGGGCUAACCUUCUGAAAAAUAGUGAGGGAGAAACACAAUUUGACUUCACAAAAGUUCACAAGAGCACGAAGAAAAAAACUGGACUGCUACGUGGAAUUAAAAUAUGGAACACUAGUGAUGGAGAUUAUUCGAGUGGUCAUCAUGGGACUAGUGCUAGUGAAUCUGUAGCAAGUUCGCAUUCUACUGGACACACCUCAAGUGAACAUGGGAAGUGGUAUCAAGCAGGUAAUUAUGAAGUUCCGUUUCAGGUCCAACUUCCUAACGAUAUUCCAGAAACUAUCGAGGGUUUGCAAAGUGGUAGCAUUCUUUACAAUUUUAUCCUGGAAAUAGAGACAGAGGAAAGAAAUAAUAAAGUUGAUGUGACGAAUAAGUACAAUUUCUACAAAUAUCUCAGGAUUUUGAGAACAUUGUCUAUGAAUCAUAUUGCAAUACAGGAAGAAAUGAUGGUUAGUAAUACUAUAAGGAAUAUGUUACAAUACCAAAUCAGCAUACCAAGUAGGGCUGUAUCGAUUGGCGACGAAAGUAUGAUAGGACUAUCGAUCAAGCUAAUUCCGUUUGAGAAAAGUUAUUAUCAAUUAGAUAAAAUAAUGGUUGGUCUGGUACAGGAAUAUUGUGUUAAGGACAGACAUGAUGAGGAAUACGUAGAUAGUAGUACGAUCAACCCUAUAACAAUAGCAUCGUUUAGGGACAUAGAAGGUAUUGUACCUGAUACAAACGAGUUAAUAGAUUCUACAGAAUUGAAGAUACAAUAUGAGAUGCCCAAGAAUCUUAAAUCAAUCACGCAGGACUGUGAUAUAAUGAUAGGUGAUGAACGGUUAGGGAUUAAGAAGCAAGUAAUGUAUGUGAGACAUGAACUUAGUGUUCGUAUCAAGUUCAUCAAACUGAAAGAUGAUAAUAAACCACUUGAGAUAAAACUACGGCUACCAGUUUUACUAUAUGUUUCGCCUAUGAAGAAAUUGCUUGGAAGAAGAGUCUAUUUCAAUGAGUCGACUGGUAGAAUACAUUUCAGGGCCAAUGAUUAUGUGCCACUGUUCACCCCAAAUACCGGCAACAGCACCUCUUUAAAUCAAAUUGGUCUGAAUAGCGCAGCAGGCGACAGCCAAGGACAAUCAGACGUACGCGAUGGUAGCCAGGAGGUACCGCCCCCGCUCUAUUCGGAGAUAGACCAGGAUAUUGUAUAUACGGGUGAUAAUGUAGAGUCCCAAUUAUUCGUUGAGAGCACGCGUCGAGACGGGCGUAACCGGGAUAGUGAUGAAAUCCAGAUGGAAACUAACCCUGGGUCGCAAUUACGACACUAUAGUUCAAAUGAUUCGAAUGGGUACAUGAGAAAUCAAAAUCAACCGGUAGUCGCUACUCAACCACCAGUGGACACGUCUACACCAACGUAUGAAGAGGCACAAAGUGCAACUGUUGAGCAGAGGCCUGCCCCUACAUACGAGUAG